AUGAAAGGGCAAUCGAGCAAAGUAAUCAUGAAAUACUUCAAGAGAAUAAUCCCUCGUUCUUCAAGGCGCGAGCCCGAAAGACCAGAUGCGUUAUCGUCGUCCAGUUUUAAAAACAUUCCAUCGGACGUUUUACUAUGUAUAUUGGACUACCUUCCUCCGCACGCCGCCGCCGCUUUUUCUCUCACCUGUACGAUUUUCGAAACCCAGUUCGGAGAUAAAUACGUCUGGCAGCCACAGCUUUUCUCGUCAAUCGAGGAACGUGAUGCACUUUUGAAAUUGGUAGCUACCGAUUUGUCAGGUGUUGUUGCUUGUUCUUGUUGCCAUAGACUCCGUCCGGUGAAGAAUCUAUAUCAGUAUGAUGGCCGAAAGACUAAUAUAUCUCAACGAAAAAGGGAAGUAAAACGUCUAGCUCAGUUUCUGGAAUCUAAAAAUGAACAUGUGUCCAAAUACUUCACGCCUACUAAGGAAGCGCCGACAUGUGUUGAACUAAGGUGGCGGUACUACAGGUGCAUUCUCAAACCAGUCAUUAUGACCAGUCAACAAGGACUUGUACAAAUGUGCCAUGACGUUUUUCGAUUCAUUGGUGAAUCUUUGAUACAUCGUCGCCAAUGGGUAUGGAUGUCACUUGAGAACUUGUCUGCUUCAGCAUUCGAAGGCCGAAGCACCAACCCGUUUGCAACUUUCGCAGUAGGACCCUCCAAUCUUCAAAUUUGUCCACAUAUAAAGCUGGUGGAAAAAAUCACCGUUGGGGAUUUUGUUCAAAAAGGGAGAUGUUCCGAAUGCCGUACGGAAUUUUGUCUUGGUUUCAAACAUUUCGACAGCCGUGGAUAUGCGUUCUUCGUUACAAUAUGGAAGGAUUUGGGAAAUGAACCAUACGAAACAAUGAUGCAGUCAUUCGAAUCGGUUGAAAGACAUGAUUCGAGGACUGAUGGGCUUACAUAUUUGGCUGCUCACGAAACAACUUGCGCACAAGAUGACGCAGAAAGUCGAAUCCAGAACCACACUCAGCUACUAGAAAUAUCUUCCAAUUUUGAGGACAGAGACAAGUAUAAUUUCGAUUCGAUUUUUCAAGCAAAGUAUGAGCAUCAGUAUCAACUGUUCUGGGUUCAAUGGAAAUUCCAAAUGAAGAAAUUAAAGAUACCUCCAUCACGUGGCCAGACUCGUAAUUGUUCUCGACAGCUCGACGAGCGUAAUUCAUUUGAAGUAACUCCUCAAGAUCAUCCUCAUCGUCCCUUGUUAUAUUCGAUCGUUCGACGAUUUGAGAAACUUCUGGAGUUUUGA